AUGUUCAACAGUCAAUCACAAUUCACCAUAAAAGCAGUGAAAAACAAAAAGUUUGACGAUUCCUGUCUUAUUAAUGAAACAUUCAACACUGGAGACAUAGCAGAUUGUCUGGAGCACUGUUUAGAAGAUUGUCGGUGUCAGUCGUUCCAAAUUUGUGGAGAGACAAAAUGUCAGCUGUGUUCAAGUCACAAGCAAGAGGACAGUUCAUUGCUUCAUGACAAUGAUAUCUGUGUCUUUGCUAUGUACGAGAUGCGACAUGCUCAGGUAUGAUAAAGUUUUUAAUUUGCCAUAUGACAUAUGCUUCUCCAAUUGACGUACCCAUCUCACAACGUUAGCGUCUUAGAUUCGAUCGCUCUUGUUAAUGUUUGAAAAGAAAGAGCCAACCCUGUUACUUUAUUAGAAUUCCAUACACGAUAAACUUGGUCCUGUCCAGGCUGCGAGUAUAGCACAUAGUUUUGAAUUCUAUAUCCAAUAAUCGUUGUUCUUAAAAUAAUUCUCCAAUCCGAGUUGGCGUUAUCGUUUUUGCAGUCAGUGUAUAGAAAAAACAAAAUCUUCAAAACGCCUAUGAAUGCUCAAACAUCAUGAAUUUUUUGGUAUAAACUGAUUUGAACAUGAAGAUGUACAUUCAUUCUCAGGUAUGCUGAAGUUGUUCAUUUGCCAUACGCUUUUCCAAUUCUCAUACGUGUCUCAGUCUCACAACGUUACCUCUUAAAUUCGCUCUUGUUAAUGUUUAAAAAGAAAGUGAAACUAUUCUGAUCAGUACAGUGAAGCAUGUGCAUUAUAUUUUCAUUUCUUGUAAUGGAAACUUUAUAUCUUGCUAUGUUUAAAAUGUUCUGGAUAUUCUGUGAUUACGUAGAGUUGUUAGGUGUUAAAUGGUUAUUUAAAAUUACCGCCGGGCAAAACACAAUAAAAUAGCCCUAUAGAAUGCUUAAAUAUAGCAAAAACCCCCCUAAACGUUCAUUAAACUAUAUUAUGCACGAAAAACGUGGGAGUCCAAAUACAUUUUCACAUAAUGAAAAACUUCAUUCGAAUGUCAAUGACUGAAAUAACCAGUCCUUAUACUUCUAUAUCCAUGCAAUAAUCGAUAUGUGUUGUUAAAAUAACUAAUUCUCCAAUCCGAGUUCGCGUUAUCGAUUUUCAUCUUCACAUUUGGCAGAAAUGGACCUCAGAAUUGAAAUCUUCAUGCUCAAAUUAGUCUAUACCGAAAACGUAACUGCAUGUGGCAAUUUUCAUUUAGCUUGAUCAAUGAUCAUUCAACGACCAGCCUUGAUUCUGGCAAUGCAAGCUGAUUUUCCCUAGUAUGCACAGAGAGAAUCCUUGAGUUAAAGUAUAAUGCCUUUAUCUUCUUAGAAAUUCGACGACCACUGUUCAAUCAUAGCUUGUCCAACGAAGUACAAUUGUUGUCAACAACAAUCAGGUCUCUGUCCCGUGAACAAAAGAUGUAAACCAUUCAACUCUCCCCAAAAGCCCUGGAAACGUUUCACCUGCGAAUGCCGCGAUGGUUACCAUGGAGACAACUGUGACAAGCCAGUCAGAUCAUGUGGUGGGUAUUUGAACCAUCCCCGGACAUCUGGCAUGUACAAAGUACUGGAUUCUGUCAACCGCCCAUAUGAAGUAUACUGUCAUUUCGAUUCUGAUGGUGCUUGGACUCUGGUGCAGUCUUGCAGUUUUGCAAACCAUACAGUUGAAAACAGUGUAUUUGGAAAACCUCUAUCUGAAGACCAUCCUUUCAGUGAAAAUACUCUAAAAUGGAGCGGCUAUCGACUUAGCCAAACUAGAAUGCUGUUUAUCAAUCAAAAUUCUGAUCGGCUACGGUUUACUUGUGGCUUCGAGAAGGAGCAGGAUGUGAAUCAAACGGACUAUCUUCAAAUGUCGCUCAACCAGCUUGGAUCGAAUACGGAUAUUACCACCAAAUAUUUUACCAAAAUAGAAGUUUCUUACCGCGGAAAAAUAAAUGGAACAGAUUUAAAUGGAUGUCAGAUUAAAGUUGGGCAGAAAGCUGAUAAAGGCCUCCGUGUACGCAUCGAGAGCGAUGGUGCUUUGUUUGUGCCAGAAAAGCCAAAUGCAAGGAAUUGUCAUAGCUUUCGUUAUUUUAGCGACUUAACCGGCAAACAGUGUUUGUUGCCAACACAUCGUUGUACUCAGAAUGAAAAUUCGACAUCACAGCUAUGGUUUGGUAAAAAGCCAUGA